AUGGCAGAUUCAAACAACAGGUGAGUAGAGAUUCUUUGGAACACAUUGUGUAAACUACCCUAAAUCUCUUGACCUUACAUUUUUCUAGUAGAACAAAAAUAUGUGUCUCUAAAUGCCAGGGUUCUCGUUAUUACACUUUUCCAGGGAGGUACUGUAGAGUUUGUGCGUAGUGUUUGUUGUUUGCAGAUUUUUUUCAGCGUGUUUGCGGAUAUUUUCAAAUUGUAUUUUUUUUUGAAAAAAAAGGUUUCUCUCGCUUUUAAGUUGACUUUAGUAGCAUCCCAUAGAAAAACAUUCAGGUAUUUAGUAAAAUGCAUUCUGCUGUCUAAUUCUAUUGUUAUAUUGAUAUUAUUUUCAGUACAUUACGAGAAAAACUCUUUAAAUUCAAAUACCCUGAAAUCGGUGAUCGCGAAGAAGGUUAUGAUGGACAUUAUGAAUGGAAUAGCGAUGAUCCAAUAAUUCUCGAAGCAAUUCAUGAUUUCCAAACUGCAGUUCGAACAAGAAAUCCAACACUUCUUCUCGAUAUUUUGAGCUCAAUUGUUGCUGGUGGAGAAGAUGGAAGAUUGAACGCAGUUAUCAAUUUAUUGAUCGAUUCACUGACUUCUGAAGAGAGUUUGAAAGAGGCGCUUCUGGUUGCAAUUACGAUUGGAAGUCGGCCAAUGGUUGAAUUUAUUUUAUCACUUUAUAAUAAAUUCCCAUAUUUGGAGAGGAAUGGUGGGAAAUUAGGAAAAAAUAUAAGAAAAAUGAAGUUUUUUUUCAGGUUGCUCAAAUUCUCCCAAUUUUUCACCACAUAUGACUCCAUUAAUGUUGGCAGCAAUUAUGAAUCAUUUUUCAAUUGUUCAUUGCUUAUUAUUACGUGGCCACAGUAUUCCAAUUCCACAUUAUCCAACGUGUAAGAUUUUUAGAGCUUUUAGAAGAUUUUCAGAAUUAUGUAAUUCAAAAUUUUUGCAGGUGAAUGUUAUGUUUGUAAAAGAAUAACAGUAAGCACCCGAUCAAAUAUUCGAACAGUUGAUAUAAUGCGAGCAAUUUCAUCUGAAGCUUAUCUUUGGCUGGCAACUGAUGAUGUCUUUGCAUCUUGUUGUAGUAUUUCGAAAGAUCUCAAAUUUCUGAUAUCUCAUGAUGGAAUUGAAUUCAUUGAAGUUUAUCGUGUUCUUGAAGCAAAUGUUCAAAGAUUUAUGGCGAGAUUGUCUGAUAUGGCUUGGAGAUCGGAAGAAUUCAAUGCUUUGAUGGCAUCGGUAGGUGACAGAAAGGUUUUCCUUCUAUAUUUUCCGAUUUUUCUUCCAGAAAAAUCAUUGCGAAACAGUUAUGGAAAAAAUGUCAUCACCACGUAUUCAAAUGGCUCUCAAUUGUCAAAUGAAACAAUUCGCUUGCACUGCAAAUGUUCAAACAACAAUGAAAAGUAUUUUCAGAGCUGGUUAGUUAUAUUUUCAGUUAUCUAGAUUCAUCUAUUUUUUGUUACAGAUUGGUAUAACAUUGGGAAUAAUCGAAAACGUGAUUUAUGGAGAUAUUGUAGAUGUAUGAUGUUAUUUCCAUUCACAUCCAUUUGUAACACAUUUUCAAAAUCCAAUUUUCGACAUGUUCUAAUUCCAUUUUCAAGAUAUGUUUCACAUUUAGUCACAUAUUUGUUAUUCCUGCUCGCUGUGAUUGUCCGAUUAUUUUUCAAAUCUGAUUCAUUGGGAAGUUAUAUCAUUGAUGGUUAUUUGUAUGCUUAUAUUCUUGGAUAUACUGUUGAAAAACUUAUAAUGUUGCAAAGAAUCGGAUAUUCCUUAUUUGUCCAAUGUUGGUGGAGAGUUUAUGAUCUACUUAUGAUCACGGCCUGCCUUAUUUCGCUGUUCUGUUUUAUUGCUUCAAAAAUAGAAAGAGAAGCUUUUGAUUCAACAAAAGUUGAUCGAGCAAAUUGGCCAAGUUUUGAUUGUCGAUUGAUGUAUGAAGUUUCGUUUGCGAUUGCUUGUGUUAUUGGAAUGUCGAAGAUAUUUUAUUAUAUGCAAUUGUUGAAUGGAAUUGGUGGAUCUGUGGUAAGUCGAGAGAAGCGAGUGUAAAUCGCAAGAGCGGCCAGGUUGCUCUGCGUCUCUAGCUUCUGAUUUCUCUGUCUAGCCCAAAUUCAAAAUAUUUUUUUACAGAUUUCGGUUGGAAAAUGUGUUGGAAAAGUGUACACAUAUUUAAUUAUAAUGUUAAUUGUAAUAUGUUCAUUCUCAGUUGGCCUAAACAUUCUAACAAGCCCAUAUAAUUCUCGAGUUUAUCGAGAUGAUCCAGCUGGCCCUGGAACUGCUUCAGUUCAUUAUGGAAGUUUGGCCCCAUCAAUCAAGAAUCUAUUUUGGUCCGUUUUCGGAUAUCUUGGACCAUCAACAUAUCAUUAUUCGGUUGGUAAUGCAGGUCCAGAUAAUUCCCCUGUUUCACAUAUUUUACAAACAACUUCAUUGGAAAUAUUGGCAGCUGUUUAUCAUGGAAUUAUUAUAAUCACUUUGAUGAAUUUGAUGACGUCAUUAUUAGUCAAAAAAGCUGAUGAAAUAUUGGAUAAUGAAGAACUUGAAUUCAAAUAUACUCGAGCUAUUAUUUAUUCCGAAUUUUUUUCGUGGGAAAAGAUUUCGCCGCCACCUUUCAAUUUGAUUCAUAUUUUCUUUUCAACUGGUCGACAUUUUAUGGAUUUGAAUAAGAAAAAGAAUCAAGAAGAUGCAAAUGUUAUGAGAAUGAAUAAUGUCAAAUUUAUGGUAAGAUAUUUUGGGGAAGUUUUUUUUGGCAUCCUGAAAUCUUUGAUUUUUUUGGGAAAAAUUCGGAAAGAGAAUGUAAUUCUAAAACUACAGUAUUCUUGGGGAAUUUUGAAAAAUUAUUGUUAUCUCUGAAAAUUUUGAACAUUCAAAACUUACAGUAAUCCUUGAAACUUUGAGAAAAAUCCAAAUCUAGGAAUCUUAAGAUAUUAAAAAACUCUUAAAGUUUCGAAAAAGUCCAAAAAACUUCUGGUUUUUUUUCUAUUCAAAAUUAGAUUCCCUGAAAAAUUAAUUUUAAUUUUUCAGGAGACACUUCGUAUAAUAUUCGAUCGAUUCUGUGCAUCAAAAGAAUGUAAAUAUAGAUCUGUUUGGAGAUCCGAAUAUGAUGUAAGUUUUCAAUUUUAUAGUUAAUUUUAUUCAAAUUCCAAUAUUUCAGAAAGAGUUACAUCGUUUGGCUCAUGUUCAAUAUCUAAUUUCAAAUCCAAAUCCUCGCUCCGUUGAUAACACAUAUUAUCAACCGAAAAAAAGAAAAGAAGAUGAAAAAUCGAAUAAGAAAUUGAAUUAUGAAAGAAAAAGAUGUCGAAAACAGCAAGAAAAUGAUGAAAAUAAUAACAAUAAUAGGAAUGAUUAUAAUGGAAUUGCGACACCAAUGCCAGAACAAAGUUCUUAUGCUCCGAAUUGA